CUGAACCACAUGACCUCCUCCAUGUAUGCCAUAGACCGUAUUCCAGUGACAUCAGAGCCCACAUGCCACGGUUGUCAUUAUUUCUCAACUUUGCAACGACAGUAAGAUAGCACUAGAUGUCUCUGAUCCUUGAACUGUGAUGUUCCAUGCUCUGGCGAUUUCCAUGUGAGAUUUUGAAGACAAAUUCUAACUUGGCUGAAACAGAUACCUACCUACUAUCUGAAAGUAAUCCUUAUCAUUUCAACAAUUUAAGGUUCUGUACCUCUUAGAGGAUGCCAGUUUCAACGAGCGCUUUACAGCAGAUGGCUAUAUACUUGGGAAUAGUAUCUGGAGGAGGAUGUGCAGUUAUGUAUUACCUUAUGCAACAAAAUUUUGCCAAAUCAGAAUACUACAAGUUGGCAAUUGAAGAACUCAACAAAAAUGACACAGCACUAGAAGCCCUGGGAGCUCCUCCAUUGCGCAUCCGAAAUAUCAAACUCACUGACAGGAACAAUUGUGUGGACGGAAUAAGUGCGAGGAUUAAAAUCCCAGUUUGUGGAUCAAAAUCAGCCGGAUAUCUCCACACCUAUUCUGUUCGAGAUGGUAUGCAGAAAAGAUGGUUUCUACAAGAAGCUGUGUUGCAGUUGCUGGAUGGCCAACAAAUUUCAGUUUAUCCAUUGACCAAAGAUAAAGAUUGAUGCAUGAGCAAAAUUGUUCUCUUCGAGAUGUGAUUCAAUUACUGAUGUUAUUUCAAACAAAACAAUUUUUAAAAGUAAUUUGGAGCUUAAGCUCACACAGUUGUUUCAAAAGUUGGUAACUCCAACAAUUUCAGUUAAAGAGAAAAAGUCAAACAACUGUGGAUGCUGUAAACCAGAAACAAGAACAGACAUUACUGGAAAACUCGGCAGGUUUGGCAAUAUCUGUGGAGAGACAGCAGAGUUAACAUUCUGAACUGAAGAAGGUUCUCUGGACCCAAAACGUUAACUUUCCAUUUUCUCCACAGAUGCUGUUGGACCUGUUGAGCUAUUCCAGCAACUGCUGUUUCCAUUUUAGUUAAACGAUUGCUACAAGCUGUUUUCAGGCCAACUUGAUGUAAGGAGAGAAUUUGUUUGAAUCCUCAAAACAUACAAAGACAUGCACCUAGGAAUAAAUGAUAAUUCUGGUGAAAAGCUGAUGUUACUUUAAUCAGUAACCUUUGCAAUAGAUUAAACUGACCAGAUUCUGAUUUUUUCACAAUGUAUUAUUAAUAAAAGACUUUAACAGUU